ACAUAUAGGUCAACCUUUGGCAGAAGAUUGACACAAAUUAAAGAUGGCAAGAGAUGUGAUCGUUUUUCGUGAAGCGGGAGGAGGUUUUCUAUUGGAUAGCAAAGGUGGUGGCCUUUCCUUGAUCUGCAUAAUCGUUGCGUCGCUCUCUCUCAUAUCUAUGGUUGUAUUUGCUUGUGGUGGUGGUGGUGGUGGUGGUGGUGGUGGCUGUGGCGGUGGAGGCGGCGGUGGUGGUGGUCAUGGUGGCGGCGGUGGUGGUGGUGAUAAUGGUGGCGGCAGCUGUGGUGGUGGUAAUUGUGGCGGCAGCUGUGGUGGUGGUAAUUGUGGCAGCAGCUGUGGUGGUGGCAAUGGUGGCAAUGGUGGCAAUGGUGGCGGCGACAGUAGUUGAGUAGUUACGCGGUCAAAUUUUAAGAGAUUUUCAAGUAUUGCAGCUCACAAAAAUAUAUUGUUUUCCCUUUUUAUGUUAGUUGUGUUUAGUAGCAAGAUAUCUGUGUGCUAAGGAAUUGUAAGUGUGGCUCUGUGUGGACUGGUUUUGUUUGUAUGAUCUGCUGUAUUUUCUCUGCAUAUAUUGCCUAAACUUCGGUUGUGAGAUUCUUAUUUAAUGCACAAUAAGCUAUAAAUUAAUGUUUGAGAUUGAAGCUUCGUACCUUAUUUAUAAAUGAGUUGAAUUAUU